AUGCACUAUCAGGCCUCAUUGGGCACAAGAAAUCGUAUGAUAAAAGGAAAAAAUCAGUUAUCUGCACAUUUAUUUGUGUGGUAUACCUGGAUGGAUAAUAAAAUUCAUGAAAAAUGCUGCAAUAAACGUGGAAAAAAUCAAACAUGGGGAUGUUGUAAAAUUAGAAAUCAAAUAAAGACGGCAUGGGAAAGUUCUAAACUUAAAAUUCAUAGACGAUAUGACACAAUAUUUUAUAUUGAUAAUACUUUUGAAUUAGCUGAUGGGAUCCAUAUAUUUUUAGGGUGGUUCGAAGCUCAAAAAUAUUUAUUGGAGUUAAAAAUGUCAGAAAGUGUGGAUCCUGGUCAGAAGGUAUGCAAAUGUAUUAAAGCUUAA